AAUUUUUAGAUGUCAGUAACUUAUCAGUCCAGGCCUGAGAGAUGCGUCAUUGAUCUGCUGCUAUGAGGGCUGUAACCAACGUUCGAGACAGAGAGAUGAUUGGGUAAAUUCACUGAGACCAGCAUCAUGGUAGCAACUGGUCAAACUAGUUUGUCUUCUGUAGAAGUGAAGCUCACAGUCUUUGGGUCUGGGAGAAGAUAUGCAUGUUAUGUCCAUCACAAGAGGCACACAGCUGCAAUCUGUUUGUUAAUUUGCUAGACAGGAAAGAAAAGAAAAAAUAAAUGGCGGAGAAAGGAAAUGAUUUGGAUCAAGAAAGGUUCUGUUGUUCCAUCUGUCUGGAUGUCCUGCAAGAUCCGGUGACUAUUCCCUGUGGACACAGCUACUGCAUGAAGUGUAUUCAAAGAUUCUGGAAUAAAGAGAAAAAAAUCUUCAGCUGUCCUCAAUGUAGGAAGACCUUCACACCGAGACCUGGUCUGGAAAAAAAUAUCAUGUUAGCAGAUUUAGUGGAGGAAGUGAAGAAGACUGGACUCCAAGCUGCUCCUGCUGAUCACUGCUAUGCUGGACCUGAAGAUGUGUCCUGUGAUUUCUGCUCUGGAAGAAAACUGAAAGCCAUCAAGUCCUGUUUGAUCUGUCUGGCCUCUUACUGUGAGAAACACCUUCAACCUCAUUUGGAUGAAGCUGCAUUCAAGAAACACAAGCUGGUGGAACCCUCCAAGAACCUGCAGGAGAACAUCUGCUCCAUUCAUGAUGAGGUGAUGAAGAUGUUCUGUCGUACUGAUCAGAAGUGUAUCUGUUAUCUCUGCUCUGUGGAUGAACAUAGAGGACACGACACAGUCUCAGCUGCAGCAGAAAGGACUGAGAGGCAGAGAGAUCUGGAGGAGAGUCAACAACAAAUCCAGCAGAGAAUCCAGGACAGAGAGAAAGAGGUGAAGCUGCUUCAACAGGAGGUGGGGGCCAUCAAUCACUCUGCUGAUCAAACAGUGAAGGACAGUGAGAAGAUCUUCACUCAGAUGACCCGUCUCAUCCAGAAAAGAAGCUGUGAUGUGAAGCAGCAGAUCAGAUCCCAGCAACUAACUGAAGUGAGUCGAGUCAAAGAUCUUCAGGAGGAGCUGGAGCAGGAGAUCACUGAGCUGAAGAGGAGAGACGCUGAGCUGAAGCAGCUCUCACUCACAGAGGAUCACAGCCAGUUUCUGCUCAACUACCCCUCACUGCCACCACUCAGUGAGUCCACACACUCAUCCAGCAUCAAUGUCCGUCCUCUGAGAUACUUUGAGGAGGUGACAGCAGCUGUGUCAGAGCUCAGAGACAAACUGAAGGACAUUCUGAGAGAGGAGCGGACGAACAUCUCACCGACAUUCACUCGUUUGAAUGUUAUUCCACCACUGCCAAAGCCUAGGAAUAGAGCUCACUGCUUAAAAUAUUCACAUCAAAUCACACUGGAUCCAAACACAGCACACAGACAACUGUUACUGUCUGAGGAGAACAGAAAGGUGAUGUUUUUAAAAAAAUCUCAGUCUGAUUCUGAUCAUCCAGACAGAUUCACUGACUGGUUUCAGGUUCUGAGUAGAGAGAGUCUGACUGGAUGUUGUUACUGGGAGGUAGAGUGGAGAGGAGACUAUGUUAAUGUAGCAGUCGCAUACAGGAACAUCAGUAGAACUGGACAUGAAAGUGAUUUUGGUUUUAAUGACAAAUCUUGGUCAUUAGUCUGUUCCCCAAAAACUUUCUCAUUUUUGCACAACAGCAUUCGAAUAUCCAUCUCAGCUCCUGUUUCCUCCAGAGUAGGAGUGUACCUGGAUCACAGAGCAGGUGUUCUGUCCUUCUACAACGUCUCUGAAAGCAUGACUCUCCUCCACAGAGUCCAGACCACAUUCACUCAGCCGCUCCAUGCUGGACUGAGGUUGUUUUCUGUUGGAACUACAGCACAGUUCUGUAAACUCAAAUAGUUUCUGAAGUUCACAAAAGAAGUUACAGGUGUGUGGUUUUUUUUUUGUGAUUUCUUUGUGUUUGAUCAUUUCUUUAGAAUGUGGAUUUGAGAAAUUUUUGAAGAUUAAUAUAAAACCUUUUGGAGUAAAAUCUGUUUUCUUGUUUCUUUGAACUUUUGGAUUUGACUGUUUGAAUUCAUAUUUCACACAAAUGUUUUGUGUUGUUGUCAUGUGAACUGAAGGAAGCUGCAACACAAAUGUAAUCAGUCAAUCAGACUUUCUCUGUGUUUGUUCAACACGAAAAUUACAAGAGAAGAAACUGAAGGAGAAAAUGGUGUUUCUAGAUACAAUUUUUUUUUUUGCUUCAUUUGACAACUUUGGAUUGAAUAUCUGUGUUUUCAUCUCUUUGUCCUUGAGAGAAAAGUUGUUUACGUCAUUUGGCAAUAAAAAAAAAACAUCUUGAUUAUUGUCUUGAUUCCAGAGUUUAUGUGAAAUCUGUUGAAGAUAAGUGGGAAUAAUAUGGGAGAAGAACUGUGACAAUUCUGUUUAGAGUGGAAAAAUCAGUUAUUGUUCUGUAAUGACAAAAAGUUACAUAUUGUGUUUUAUGAAUGUGUUUUAAAUCUUCUGUUAGUGAGCAGAUUAUUUUCAAUGUGUUUUUAGAUCUCUGUAGUGGUUGCACCAGGCAUUGCAUUCAAAUGUGUUUAUUUGAAUAAACUUUAUUGAAGAGUGCUCAUGUAGAGACACAGAAGAUCUGUUAGCAUGCAUGCACUUCGUUGUGUUUUGACAGAUUUUGCUGCAUACGUCAGAGGUUCCAACACACCGAUGCACACACACAUACAUU